AUGGCUCUCACGAAAGCAAUAGAUGAACGAGGAUGGACGCCUCUUCACUUUGCUGCACUCUUCGGUCACACUUCAAUUGUGAAACAACUAAUAGAAUCUAAUAAGUCAGCUGCUUAUGUUGGUGACAAAGUGUACAAGAAGACAUCCCUUCAUGUUGCAACCCUUCAAGGGCACGAACAAGUAAUGAGAAAGAUCAUUUCUCAUUGCCCCGAUUGCUGCGAAUUGGUUGAUCACAAAGGUUGUAAUGCCCUUCACUAUGCCAUUGAGUGGCCUAAAGGUCUAAUAAAGGAUCUUGUUUUGAAAGAUCCAUGGCUUAGCCAUGUCCUUUUAAUGGAAAUGAUGCUGACGGGAACACACCCCUCCAUCUGCUUUCUGUGGUUGAUAAUUUCAUCGAACACUGUUAACCGCAUUUUGGAGUGGAAUGGAGUAAGACCAGGAGGCCCAUAUUUAAUUGUAAGCCAUGAAGAUAGUAUCGGCAGAAUUUCCAAACUAUAUGGAGACACUAUGGAGGAAGUUGAGGAAGACAAAGGUGGCAUUUCGGAAAUGAAAGGUGCCGCUGGAUCAGGCCUUAAUCAUCAUUCAAUUUAUUGUGGUAAUGAUGAUAAUGGCAGGGAAAUCAGUCCAGAUGAAGACGGUAAUGAAUUUGGGGAAAAUAAAGGUGGCAAAGACAAUGAUGCAGCAGAGGAAGGAAGACAAACCUAUCUAGUAGUGGCUACAUUGAUAGCAACUGUAACCUCUGCAGCAGGUUUCACCAUGCCCGAUGGUUACCAAAGUGAAAAAGGACCAGACCAGGGUUUUGCAUGGUUCUGUGUGUUGACUCACGUUCUUUUACAAUUCCUCACAAAAUACGAAGAGAUGCCUGGCAGAAUUGUGUGGGGCUUAUCUUCUAUGGUGAGUGCCUUGGUUUUAAUGGUAGUUGCAUUCAUCACCGGCACAUGUGCAGUAUUAGGGCAUUCCUUAGCACUUGCCACUACUGCUUGUGUGCUUGGUUGCUAUUGCGUUUUCGUAGGUUAUAUGUGGGUUCCUCUACUUUCCAAAGAUGAACAUAGGAAAAUGUCCAAAAUCUCCCGAUUCCCGCGGAUAUCCCUAAAAGAGCGAAAAGCAUAA